AGUACACCGUCCUUUGCAUUUAUAAUGAGUCAACGUGUUCCGAUACCUGGCUCAAAACAAGCUACCAUUGUUGAGCAGAAGCAACAUUUCCUCCAGACUAGGAAACACAUCUUGUCGCGUGGAAUACCGCCAUCGGAACGACUGCGAACACUUGCGCAAGAUGGCGGUAUCGAGCUGAGUGUGAUGAAAGGAGUGCUUGAUAAAGUCAACCGUGACCUAAAGAGACACUCGCGGACAGUUUACAGUCGCCAAAUGAUCGAGCAUGUCGUUGAGCAAAUAGACACGUUGUAUUGGGACUCGGGCGCGCAGCCUGUUGACGAAGACCAAGAGGACGAUCAAACGGCUUCUGAUCUUCACGAAGAUGAUGCAAACACACUGUACCAAAAUGCUGAUCUCACUCUUGACGAAAAUAUUGCGAAACUGCCUGCGACAUGGCAUGCCCGUGACAGCAACGACCAAGUAACGCAAGACGAAUACCUUUCUUCUGUCUCACGCUUGCAGGAGCUAUCUGCUCAACGUCAGACACUACAAAACAAGCUCAACACAUAUCGCACACUGCUGUCGUUGCUAGAACCCUAUCGUAAGCCGAAGGAAAACAUACAGCCGAAUCUGGCAUGGAAGGAAGCACCGCUGGCCCCUGAGCUGGCAAAAACAAGGACAUUGGCCAUACGUGUUGCAGCAAGAGUCGAAGAGAAGUUUGGAAACGUACAGGUGCCUUCAACUGCGGAAGAUGACGAGGAUGUCGAUAUGGAGGAACUCGGCAAUCACGGUCAAGCAAAGGUGGACAAGGUUUUGGCAAGUUGGUAGAACCCUCAAGUCUUCGUGGGAAGUAUAUAGAUACUGGCGUUUGGAUAUGAUACCCCAUUUGCAUCAAAUAGAAUGC